UUUGCAUGUGCAACAAGUGAAUUCAUUAUUUUUUUUCAAGCAAUAUGCAUUCGUUAAAGUCGCAACUCGAGUCAUGUCUUUGCUUAUUGGAUGGCGGUAGCAAUUUAAAUUGGCUAAAUGUUUUCUGUGCCGAAUUUUUGGAAUUUGUGAAUAAGCUGCAAAAGAGUAUAAAUAAUCAAUUAGAAUAUGAUGCUCUCGAAAUUAUUUGUUUAUGCUUAACACAAAUUAUGAUAUGUGUUCGGCACUUGGAAUACACCAUUCAAACUGAGACCGCCAGCGGAUCAAGGAUAAUGGCUAGCCAUCAUCAUUUUGUGGAUCGCAUAAGGGUUUGUCUACAACGCCUCUGCGUUGCCUUGACGCCCUCAGCAGCAGCAGGAACACAAAAUAAUGCCACCGAGGGCAUUUCCUAUUUGAAGCUACUCGAUUCUUUGCUGGAUUCCUUAGCAGAGUUCACCAUAUACAAUGAGAACAGAAGCCUUGAUAGCAACACCAUCGACUCGCCGUUGGAAAUACUCAACCUAAGCAAGCAAAUAAAGCUCCAAAUAGAUUUACUAUUGGGUCAAACACUAUCCUUUGCCAAUGUGGCCCUGCAACAGGAUAAGAAAGCGUUGAGUGCGCUCUGUCAAAAGGUGAUGCGUGAUUGUGGUGCAUUCCAAGGGGAAUGCCAACUGAGUCCUGCAUCAUUGCCUCGAAGCAGCAACAUUUCCAAUCAAAAACUGAGAGCAAUGACUUUGGAGCAUGCCUUGCAUCAACUGGAGGACUAUUUGAAUGAGGCUCUCCUGCGAUUGGUCUUCACUUGCUUGCUCGACUUUCAAAGGAUAUCGGUGGAUAAAAUACGCAAUUUAUUGCGUUGCACACGGACUGAGAAAUCGGUUGCCACAGCGGAUGAUUUUAUAGCCGAUUUUGAUGUGAAUUUGGAUCGUGCCACACAAAUUGGUAUAUUUGCAAUUGCAUUUGCACCCAACUUGAAAAUUAAGACGACCGUUCGCAGCUGUCUAGCCUCGUUUGAGUAUUUGGAUACCAGUUUAAUUCCGUCGCUGCAUGGAAAUGCCUCCGAUUUGCAUUCGGAACUCUUGGAGCAGCACUUCAACGAGGAGAUGUCCACGUUUAAGACAGCAUUGCAUGAGAUUAUGGAUAGUCGUGCUUUUGUCGGCUGCUAUUUGCAUAUGCUAACAACGGGCAUUAUUACCGCCGAGAAACAGUUUGAUAAAAUUCAAUUGGAGCACUUGGCACAAAUGGGUUUCUAUAUUGUAGAACAUUUUCAGUUUUCUGUUAAUCAGAAAGUUCUCUUACAACACGAAAAUUUGCAGAAUUUUGUGCGCAUUCUGCGGGAAUGCAAAGCAAUAUUAAUGUGUGCUUCGCAAGUUCAACCGGAUCGCAUCUUGAAGCGAUUUAAAAUAUUACGCACCAUAUUGCGUAAAUUUCACAACAGCUUGGCUGCAGCUGAAAGUAAACCAGCUGCUAAUGAACCUCAUCCGCAUCGGGAAGAAACAGAUAUUUGUACUGAAGCAUCUUACACUCCAAUCCAAUCCUUAAUGGCAUCUCCAUCGCGCAGUAUUCUCUAUGAGACCCGUAAGAAUCGCAGCAGGACAGCUGAAAUAAAUCAGCUCACAAAUGCUGAACAAACUUUAAAUAAAUCCCUGAAGCCGAGGGCCUUGAAUUGUUUGCGCCGCAAGCAAAGUCUGCGAACCAACAUGUUUAAACGACAAACUGUUGUGGAGAGUAUUAAAUUGCAGCACACAAUCGGCAGUCAAACGGCAAGCUUGGAAAUCAGUGAAAUACUCGAUCAAUUGACGUGUUUAACGUCAAACUUCUCAGGCAGUCUGUCGGGACGGAAGUAG